AUGUAUGAUAAUGUCUCUGUGCAAGUUAACAAAACAGAGAAUUGUGAGAAAAGUGAGAUCCCUGCAAACAAAACGAUCGAAGAGUUACUCACGCGUGACCAGCAUGCAGUUAUUGUUACCUACUGGGUGCUGAUGACUCUGGGGGCGUUCUGCAACCUGGCCGUGCUGUUGAGCUUAACCAGAACUCGCCGCAGAAAGUCCAGAGUGGAUUUGCUAAUGACUCAUCUGGCGAUUGCUGAUGUCUUGGUUACUUGCGGAGUUAUACCACUGGAGAGCUUGGUGUUCCGAGUGAUGCAGCAUCCGCUAGUGCCAGAGUUCGAGCAGUGUGUAUCGUUCGGCGCGUUCUCAAACGCGGCCCAGGAGAUAGCGUACAACGUGGCCUGUCUUUGCGCGAUGUACUUCGUGCCUCUACUGAUCAUCUCCGUUUGCUACAUCUGCAUCUUCUGCAGGAUUCGACGCUGCACCAAUGAGCUAGAUGAUAACUGCAUACACAACAACGAGAGAAUUUCUGGCGACCGCUUGCGGCGUUCUGACCACCGGCUGCUGGAGCGAGCGAAGCGCCGUACGCUGCGUAUGACCCUCAUCAUAGUCACUGUGUUCGCCUUCUGCUGGCUGCCUUAUGCCGUUAUGACCAUGUGGUACAUGGUAGACCGAAGCUCAGCAUCACGCGUGUCGCCGCAACUGCAGGACAUGUUGUUUGCGAUGGCAGUCUCCAACUCCUGCAUGAACCCCAUAGUGUACGGCUCGUACGCUCUACGCUCCAAUGAAACCAUUCAGGAACUGUUGAAGAAAACAUGCUGUUGGUUAACUUCUCCUACAAUGGACACAGGCAACACUGGACUGACUACACAUAAAAAUAAAUUGCGCAAUAUCGACGACCCCACAAUGAAAUCGAAUAAGAGUGUCAACCCGCAGACGCGCUUGGGCGUGCGUUUCGCGGAGACGCCGCUAGUGGAGGCGCAGAGGGCGCGCGAGUCGCGUGCGGCCCGCGCGCGCGCCUCACGGCCGCCGCCGCGCCUGCGCUGCGCACCGCAUGAGCGACAGCGCGCGCUCCUCCAGUGCCGCGCGGCAAGUGAGCCGCUUGUCUAG